UGAUUGGCAAAAUGGAGACUGGAUGACUUCAUAAUGCUGUCAGAUACAUCAUAGAGGAAAAAUGCUUUUAGACGUUUCUGAAAACGGGAAUGAUGCAGAAUAAUUUUUAUUUAGGCAUUGUACUACUACUAGGGUGCCUGUACCACAAUGUUUACCUCCUGGUAGCAAGUGAUGUCAGUCCCUCUCAAGGGAAUGAUCUCCGUAGCUUCCCUGUCAGUCACAGAAGUGAUUUCCCCUUCCUGUUCGCCGACGUUACCAACUGUACUGGUUCCAACAUAUCAUUGUGCCAGCCUUGUGAUGGAGGAAGCUUUGCCAAUCACAGUGUGACUGAAUGUGGUUGCUGCCCCAACGAGGCUACAGGUGAAUGUUACAACCAGAGUUUUUGUGAGGCAUGCGCGGAGGGCCAUGCCCAAAACCUCACGGGGAAGGAGAGUUGCUUCCCCUGUGAUAAGGGACAGUACCAGGACAAGCCAGGCAUGACCACAUGUAAACCUUGUGCUAAAGGAUAUGCCACUAAUGUGACGGGCACUGUCAAGUGUUCAGAAUGUGGAGCUGGUGAAUUCACCAAUGUAACAGGUUCUGCAAAAUGUCUGUUGUGUCCAUCAGGGAAGGUACAGCAACAAGCUGGUCAAAGCAGUUGCGAGAACUGUACUAAAGGACAAUUUCAGGAUGAAAAGGGGAAAAUAGACUGUAAACCGUGCACAAAUGGAACAUUUCAGAACGAAACAGGACAAUCAAGUUGUCGUAACUGUUCUCAAGGUCAUUUCCAGGACUUGGAAGGUCAAUUGAAGUGUAAGUUGUGUAAUAGUGGAGAGUUUCAGGAUGAGGAGGGACAAUCUGAGUGUAAAUUGUGUCCCAAGGGGAAUUACCAGGCAGAGAAGGGACAGAGAUUGUGUAACAAAUGUGAACCAGGAUUCUACCAGAAUGAGACUGGUCAAAUCAAGUGUCAUAAAUGUCCAGGAGGAACAUUUCAAGAUCAGCCUGGUGUGUCCACCUGUAAGCUGUGUGGAGUUGGAACAUACUGUGGUUUGGGUUGUUCCCAGUGUGCUGCCUGUCCCCCUGGAACUUUCAGUGGUAAUUCUACCGGGCUACUUACCUGUCCUGUAUGUCAAGCAGGACAUUUUUCUAAAGAAGAGAGCUCCUUCAACUGUUCCAAGUGUGAACCAGGAAUGUUUCAGAGUCAGCCAAAUAAAUCGUCAUGUGUAUACUGUCCUGUCGGCAGCAUUUGCAAUGCUCAUGGGUGUAUAAACUGUGCAUAUUGUCCUGAAGGUCAGGAGACUGUUGAUGAGGGGAGUACCAACUGUACGCUGUGUGAACCAGGUUUCUAUAAGGCUGCUCUCAGUGGUGCCAAGUGUAUACCCUGUCGAGAUGGAUACUACCAGACCACACCAGGUUCCGGUUCCUGCUUUGAGUGUCCAUCGGGUUUCUUCUGUCCAAUAGCAUCAGAGCCCCCUCUGCGGUGCCCUAUCAGUGCUAUCUGUCCCAAAGGUAGCGGUCAAGCCGUACCAUGUGCAGGACCCUUCUAUAAGGCCAAUGAGGACAGGACAGAAUGUCGGGCCACUCAGGAGUUCAUCGCUGUGGUGGUCGGUUGUAGUGUUGUUUUGCUAGCAUUUUCAGGAAUAGCCUUAUACAAGUUUCGCCAGUAUAGAAAGCGACGCAAAACAUCUGAGGAUAACCAGCUACUGACAACCUCGGGGAGCCAGAUAUAUUCUGGAUGGUGACAUCUGGUAUUGACACCUUAUAUAUAUGUGUUCAUUGAGGGAAUGCACAUGUUAAUAUUUACCACAGUUUGUGAUCAAAUAAUUGGUGUGAUUAGUAUCACUAUUGUGUAUACACACUGUCAUCCAUAUUUAAGAUUUAAAGAUCCCCGUACCACUGGCAAAAAAUAUCACUAUUCAUUGGAAACUUUUCCUGGCAUGAUUAUAGCUUUGAUAAAUUAUUUCUGAAAAAAGAAAACCAUUAUGGAACUUUCACGAAAAUAUUUGAUAAAGACGAAAUAAACAGAAUAUACCAAACAACAGUGUUCUGUGUGCAAAAUUCCGCGGAGCUAGACUGAGAUUCAAACCCCGGACUUCAGGUUAUUAUACAAUUGCUCUAACUGAUUAAGCUACCUUGUCAACAGAAGUGUCCUCGCCCAAUAAUGCUGUAGUUAUAUCCAAUAGGAAACAAAGGAAAGGUAUGGUAUAUGGGAAAAAACCCCACAGUGCAGUGGUACAGGGAUCUUUAAUUUGAUUUAAGUUUUUAUAAAGUAUGUAUUAUGUAUUAUGUGCCCAGACUUCCAUACAGUCACAGUUUCAUGACAUGGCACUGUUUAGUGUGAAACCAGAGAAAAUAGAUUUCUUUGGAGGUAUGUGCAGGAGAAAUGAUAGGCUAACAUCACACUUUGAAAUGUGUCUGAAUAUAUAUUUAAUAGUUGUUAGACAUCAUUAGUUGAAUUUGUGCAAAAUAUAUAUCUCAUAAAAUGUGAAUUACCUUUACCUGUAAAUAACCGUUAAUAUAUGUCUGUAUAAUAAAUACACUCACUAAGGCCAAAUGAAAAAAUCUUGUGUUUCCGCUAGCUCUACCUACCCUAGCUUUUUGUGACUACCCUUAAGCUUUUAUAGGUAUAUAAGCAUAGUACAAAUAUUUUCCAAAAUAGAAAAAUGCCUUCCUACCUGCCCUAUUUUGCAGAAACACAAUAAUUAAUUUGUUUCGGCCUAAUGUCAGUUCGUUUCUCACCAGUCCAAAAGAUUACAAAGCAGACAGAUAUGUAGUUUUUGAUGCCAAAGUUUUUCAAAGACUUUUAUAUUCGUUUUGUGAAUUUCUUCUUCCAUUAAUUCUUAAAUUGACAUGAUUUGUAUUUUAUAUAUUAUCUAUCUUUAUUACAUUUGUACCUCAAAAAACAGUAAGGGAUAUGCUUUAUGUCCACAUAGAUGUUAUAUUUUAUGUUAUCAGUUUCAGGAACAUAUGUUAUGGUAUACUGAGCCUUCUUAAAGAAAAUCGAAAAAUGAAAAGAAAAGGAAGUAACAUCUCCUGAAUCCUAUAAAGUAUUUCCCUCUUUCCUCUUGUUGCUGACUUGUCUCGGCCUGUUAGACAGGCGGUUGUCAAGGCACAAUAUUCAGUGGCUCCUGCUUAUUGUAUUUUAUUGUAGUGACAAAGAGUUUACUUACGAUUACUUACAAUAGAUUUUAGGGUCAGCACUAAAAGUGACCAAGGAAAUAUAGUUAAGGAGCAAAGAUGUAGCUCUAUUACGAUUGGUCCAAGAUACAUAUUUAAUUGUGUAUUGUAUAUGGAAGCCUUUUUACCAUCAAAUAAUUAUUUUAAAUCUGUGGAGUUACGGUUUAAAUGGGUGCAGUUCAGUUAUUUGAAAUUGAAAAAACACCAGCAGGAUUUGCCAACAAUUAAGUAAUUAAUUGCAUUUGUCAAUAAGCCCAGCAAAAUUAGUGUGGAAAGGCUAGUUUUCAGACAUGAAGGGUUACAGAAAGUUGUAUCAUGCUAUUUUUCGAAAUAGUUUUAAGAUCUUAAAACAAACAACAACAAAAUAUUCAGAAUUUUAGUGUUAAAAUUAUGCAAAAAAUAUUUUUUGAUAAAUGUUUUACUUUUUAAAUCCUGAUCAGGGAUAUUUUGGGGUAGACAUAUUCUGCAAAAUGUUAUUUAUAUCUGCCAUGACUUGUUUUAGUGUAAGAGUGUAUGAUAGUGUAGUCACAUGGGGUUAUUGAGAUAGAUUUCACCUAUCCUCCAUACUCAUAUAAGUAACAACGUUUAUUACCUUAAUUAUGUACUCUCUGUAUGCUUAGCUACCUUCUUGAUGAAAUUGCAAGUUAAGAACCACUGACGUUUCUCACAAUUCAUACUUUGUUGAGAUAUUUUCCACUUGUAAAAAGGGCUGACUUUAUUUAACAUUUGUGAAGAUUUGUCUCAUGCGAGAAGGACAGUGACUAGCUUUAUGGAUUUAUUUUAAAAAGAAAAUAUAUUUGGUGUCAAAAUUCCAAUUGUGUAGAUCUCAAUAUACUGAGCUGGUGUCAUCAAAUUUUGAAUGAUCUUUUAAUAGGCUGUAGAGCAUUUGUUUGGGGAUGCCGUGGUUUUUAACUUUCAUGCACUGCAGUACCAACUUUAUAGCAACUUUCUGUGAUAAAACACUUAUGCAAUAUGUUAAACUACACAUUCCCUAUGAUAUCUUUCUAAAUAUUAUUAUUUAUUUGUAGUCUAUUAUUGGUAUUUGUAAGUAUCUAUUGUUCAAACUAUGGUAUGAAAGUAUAUAAGUGGAUGAGAGCUUGAUUCUGUGUAUAUUGUAUUGUACCUGUUAAUGUGGUAUGAAAUUGCAUUGUUUUUGUGUAGGUUGCAUUUUAUUGCAUUUUGCCAUUGACAUGUAAGGUUUCUUUGUAAAAACGAAGUUGGUAUUUUUCUACUGUGACAUAUAACAAUCUGUUAUUCUCGCACUUUUUAAACCCACGAACCACAGAAAAAAGCCAUAUUAAAUAAGAAAAAAACAAACAAUGGGCAUUGUCGCGUCAUAAUAGCCCUGACAACAGAAUACAUCAUGCUUUGUCUUCAGUAUGUUUUGUCAGGAGAUAGCCUAUCUGUCCAUUGAAGCUCUUGUUUUUAUAUAAAAAAAUGUAAGAAACAGAAUUCUAUAGGUUUCUUGUUGAGAAACAGUAAUAAUUCACUGUGAAGUGAAUAUUGUCACUCAUGCUGAGCAGUUGUGAAACAUAUCAAACUAUUCGAUCAUCCCAUUUGUGAACUAUAAUUAGUAAACCAAGAAUGUAUUUUCAUAUAUUACACCUAUUUCUGUGUCAUGAUAAACUGUAAAUCUGUUGAUUUUAUGUAAAAAAAUCAUUGUAAUCUAA